UUCCUCUUCCUUCCAACAUAUCCCUCUCACUCUGUCCAUUCUGUCAAACCCUUUCGGCUUUUUCGUACAACUAGCCACUGAAAGCAACAAAAUACGAAUUUGUUGCAAAAACAUAUUAUUAUCACAGUAAAUGCAAGUGCCCAAACUUUAAAAGUCAUCAACUCAAUAAUCACACGUUUCCUUUACCUAUUUAUGGCUUAAAAUCUCCCAUUAAACAGGUUUGACAGAAAAGCGAGGACAAGAAGGAGAGAGAAGUUUAAGAAAAAAAGAUAAGACUGGAUUAACAUAUUGUGUUUGGUUUUCUUCAGCACCGAGGAGACAGAAAGUAAAGACAAGUUAUUAGAUUAGAUGAGAUGGUUAAAACUUGUUGAAGAGGAGGAGUGUGUGAAAGCAGUUUAAGGAAAGGUUGUAGAGAUGAGAGGUGGUGGAUGCAGCAUAGUUUGGUUCAGAAGAGAUCUGAGGGUGGAAGACAACCCUGCACUGGCGGCCGGAGUAAGAGCCGGAGCUGUGGUUGCAGUUUUCAUCUGGGCACCGGAAGAAGAAGGCCAAUACUACCCCGGCAGAGUCUCCAGGUGGUGGCUCAAACAAAGCUUGGUUCAUCUUGAUUCUUCUCUCAGGAAUCUUGGCACUCGUCUCAUCACUAAGCGAUCCACUGAUACUGUUUCUUCUCUCCUUGACCUUGUUAAAUCCACUGGAGCUACUCAACUCUUUUUUAAUCAUUUAUACGAUCCCCUGUCGCUUGUAAGGGAUCACCGAGCCAAAGAGGUUCUGAAUUCUCAGGGCAUAACAGUACGUUCCUUCAACGCGGAUUUACUGUAUGAACCGUGGGAUGUGAAUGAUGUCCAUGCUCGACCCUUCACAACUUUUGCUGCUUUUUGGGACAGAUGUCUUACCAUGCCUUAUGACCCAGACUCACCUCUUCUUCCUCCUAAAAGGAUAAUUCCAGGUGAUGUGUCGAGAUGCCCAAGUGACACAUUGGUGUUUGAAGAUGAAUCAGAGAAGGCAAGCAAUGCACUUCUUGCGAGAGCAUGGUCACCGGGGUGGAGCAAUGCUAACAAGGCAUUGACAGCAUUCAUAAAUGGUCCACUGAUAGAGUACUCAAUAAAUCGCAGAAAGGCUGACAGUGCCACAACCUCACUUCUCUCACCCCAUUUGCAUUUUGGUGAGCUGAGUGUGAAGAAGGUCUUCCAUCUUGUCCGCAUCAAACAACUUCUGUGGGCCAACGAAGGAAACAAGGCCAGUGAAGAGAGUGUGAACUUGUUCCUUAAAUCUAUUGGUCUCAGAGAAUAUUCGAGGUACAUUAGUUUCAACCACCCCUACAGUCAUGAAAGGCCUCUUCUGGGCCACCUUAAGUUCUUUCCUUGGGUUGUAAAUGAGGCUUAUUUUAAGGCAUGGAGACAAGGCAGAACUGGUUACCCUUUGGUCGAUGCAGGGAUGAGGGAGUUGUGGGCCACUGGUUGGCUGCAUGAUCGGAUACGUGUUGUAGUUUCCAGUUUCUUUGUCAAGGUUCUGCAGCUUCCUUGGAGAUGGGGAAUGAAAUAUUUCUGGGACACCCUCUUGGAUGCAGAUCUUGAAAGUGAUGCUCUUGGUUGGCAAUACAUAUCUGGCACACUCCCUGAUGGUCGUCAAUUUGACCGAAUAGAUCAUCCACAGUUUGAGGGCUAUAAAUUCGACCCAAAUGGAGAAUAUGUACGACGGUGGCUUCCAGAACUUGCAAGGUUACCUACUGAGUGGAUUCAUCAUCCUUGGAAUGCACCAGAAUUCGUGCUCCAAGCUUCUGGAAUUGAGCUAGGAACCAACUAUCCUCUUCCGAUUGUGGGAAUAGAUGCAGCAAAAACUCGAUUACAAGAGGCACUAUCGGAAAUGUGGCAACUAGAGGCUGCUUCAAGAGCUGCAAUGGAAAACGGAACUGAGGAAGGACUUGGAGACUCCUCUGAAUCAAUCCCUGCUGCUUUUCCACAAGACAUGCAAAUGGAGGAAACUCAUGAACCUGUUAGGAACAAUCCCUUUCCUGUUGGUCGGCGUUACCUGGAUCAGAUGGUUCCAAGCAUCACUUCCACCCUUCUCAGAAUAGAAGAGGAAGAAACAACUUCUGAUCUCCGAAACUCAGCAGAAGAGAGCAGCAGAGCUGAAGUGCCUAUAAAUGUAGAUGCACAACAGAAUGCAGGAGUUAUAUCGAACGAACGGAUGUUGCAGAAUGCUCACAGGAAUACACAAGUACAAAACAAUACUACAAUGGAACUGAGAAACGUGGCCGAAGAUUCUGGCGUAGAAUCUUCAAGUGGUACAAGGAGAGAACGCGAUGGAGGUAUAGUUCCAGUAUGGUCUCCCCCAGCUUCCAGUUACUCAGAACAAUUUGUAGGAGAUGAAAAUGGUAUUACAAGUGGUUCCUCGUACUUGCAAAGGCAUCCUCGGUCUCACCAAUUACUGAAUUGUAGGCAGCUACCUCAGACCGGGUAAUUCAUAAUCAUAUUUAAAGCGACUAGACUAGAAGAAGAAAAAUACACUAUCACCUUUAUGUUGAGAUAAAGUGGGACGUUGAAGCCGCACAAACAUAAAUGAGUUAAUUUCCUACACCCUUUACCAGCGGCUGAACUCCACUGUGUACGAGAUUUCAAUUCAUACAGCAGUUCAUCUGCAGUUUCUUUUGCUUUCUUGUACAAUAUUUGCAACUUGCUGUGUGGUAUAGUGUUUGUGGCGAGGGAGAAAAAACCACCAUAGGAUCUUUGGUCUAAUAAUAAACUCAGAUUUGUGCUUUCACUUAAGCCAGAUAUAUUAAUUAUGAUCCGAGUUUUAGUUA